UAGUUUGCCUUUCCCAUACAGUGACAUUUUCGACACGUUUUAUUUUUUAAAUCUCCAUGUAUAUCCUUUUUUGAGAUACAUGUAUCAAUUUCGGACCUAUUUUUUGGGAAUCCAAUAGGUAGUGCUUCGAUAACACUCUGACAUGGCCACCGUAAAGGAGCAAAAGGAUACACUAUUUGCAACUUUAAUUUUAUAGAUAUUACACAGACUUUCACUAUCAGUCACUGUCUGUCUAGAAAGCGUUAUUUCACUUUUCGCCGUUGAUGUCAGAAAGUCUUUCAGUUGUUUAUCUUUGCGUAGUCUAUGCGAGUGUCUUGCCGAGGUAACCUGCAGCUCGCUCUCCGCUUGACGCAGCUGAAGGAAAUAGAACCAGUUGGGAAGCGAGUAAUAGGCUCGAUCAUCGUUACUCCGCUAGCUAGCCAACUGGUCCACCUCAUCCGUGAUAUUUCUAAAGGAUUUGUUUUGGGAGUUGUUUGUUUGCCUGACGUGGAGUAUGGAUUUCUUUUUUUUUCAGACAAAAAAUGAAAUAGUUGGCUACAGGACUUGGGGUAUCUAACCGAAACCUUUUCGUAUUGCGUCGACAGCUGUCAUUGAAGAAAGGAAAGUGAUCCAUCAAUGUUCGUGUGCUAAUGAAACAAGUCCCUUUGGAUGUACAUUUUGUAUUUUUGUUGAAAUGGUUGAAGACAAGGCUCAACAUUGGAUCAAUGGUUAAUGCGUAAUGCAUGUGUGACAACUGCGGUGUUCCUCCAUUCGAGAGAAACCCUGCUUCAUUGAGCUAGCUACCUAGCCAACUAGCUAGAUCGCUAGCUAAACUACAAAGUUAUAGAAGUAUAACAUCAGCUAUAUCUCCAGCCAUUUUGGACAUGAAGAAAACAAUUCAUUAUUCAUAGGGUUGGAAGAAUGUCAUCAGAGGAUAAGACUGUGGAGCCCUCUGAACAAGGGCCCUCACUGCCACCCAGCAGCACAGGGGCCACAUCCACAGGAAGUCCUGCCCAGACAGACAAGCGUCCCAGAGGCAGGCCACGCAAGGAUGCUGCCACCGUCACACCCCAGGCUCUGCCCACGGCCACGUCCAAAACCAGAAAGAAGUAUGUUUAUUCAAGGGGUCGCACCAGAGGAAGAGUGGUUGUGGACGAGGAGGACAGCAUGGAUGGGACCGAGGUGGCAGAGUCGGUGGGCCCUCAGGACACAGAGACUAAAGAGCUGCUGGGGGAGAGGGCCGAGGAGCUGGGAGAGGACGCCACCGGACCGCCCGGCCCUGCCAGCAGAGAGCCCAGACACGGUGAUGGUCUCUGUGCCUUCUGCUACUGUGGCGGCCGUAGCCUGCUGGGUCAGGGGGACCUGAGAGCGUUCCGUGCCCCGCCUGCCCCCGACCCCCCCCUCAGCUGCGAUGCCGGAGGUGGCAGCGCUGACGACGAUGAGCACGGCGGCGGAAACUGCGACAGAAUCACCAAACCCAACGCACCCACGGAGACCAGCUCGGGGCAGGGGAGCACACAGAAUGGAGCCGGGAGCCAGGGAGCAGACCCAGGCAGCAGGUUCUGGGACGAGCUCGCCCACGUGGGGCUCCCCGACCACCUGGACGUCCGGUCGCUCGUUGACGAAUCGGGGCAGUGCUGGGCCCACCAGCGUUGCGCCUUGUGGUCCGACGGCGUGUGCAAGGAGGGCGAGGGACAAUCGCUGCUCAACGUAGACAGAGCCAUCGACUCAGGGAGCACAAAGCACUGUGCCUAUUGUAAGCGCCUUGGAGCCUCCAUCAAAUGCUGUGCUGAAAGCUGCACUCGCCUGUACCAUUACCCCUGCGCUGGCGCUGCCGGCACCUUCCAGGAUAUCAGGAGCCUCUCUCUGCUCUGUCCAGAGCACCUCCAACUGGCCCUUCACAGAUUUCCGGAAGAGGCGAUCUGUGCCCUGUGCGACAGCCCCGGGGAUCUGGCCGACCAGCUCUUCUGCACCAGCUGCGGCCAGCACUACCACGGCAUGUGCCUGGACAUGGCCGUCACCCCGCUGAGGAGAGCAGGCUGGCAGUGCCCCGAGUGCAAGAUCUGCCAAACUUGCAAGAACCCAGGGGAGGACACCAAGAUGCUGGUGUGUGACGUGUGCGACAAAGGUUACCACACCUUCUGCCUGCAGCCUGCCAUGGACUCCAUCCCCACCAACGGCUGGAGAUGCAAGAACUGCAGAGUGUGUGUCCAGUGUGGAUCCAGGACCAGCGGUCAGUGGCACCCGGCCAGCCUGUUGUGUGAGAGCUGUGUCCAGCACCAGGACCCGGCCCUGUGCUGCCCCCUGUGUGCCGGCGUCCUGGACCCUGAGCACCACAAAGACCUGCUCUGCUGUCACGCCUGCAAAAGAUGGCUCCACCUGGAGUGUGAGCGUCAGAACUCGGGCCAGGCCGACGUCCACCCCAGGGAGGACUACACCUGCUCCAGCUGCAGGCCUGCCGUCCCUGAGCUCCCACCCCAGGCGGAGGACGAGGUCCCCAUGGACACGGGCCCAGAGCCGAGCCCGCAGCCAGCCUUGACGCACACGCGCCCGUCUGACUCCAGCCCGCAGCUGUCCCAAGCAGGCAUGGACCUCCACCCGAGCCCACACCCCCCUCCUCCUUCUCCUCCUCCGCCCCUUCCUCCCCCCGUGCACAGUGACCCAGAACAGGAAUCACAGUCCGCUCCAACGCACACGGAGCCCAACUCCGUCCAAGCCCUCGUCGUCUGCGAGACCAGCCAGACGGGACGAUCUCAGGCCAAAACCGACCAGCAGCUUGUUUCAGGCGAAGCUGAUGGUGAUGGGGGGGCCAAGGAGAUUCCUGUCAACAAAGACACAACUAAGGCCCUAUCAGAAAUUCCACCAGUAGGAGAGACCGUGGAGAAGUUGGAUCAGCCCUCGCCCACGCAGCUGUCGGUGAGGCCAGAGCAUCCACAGGACACUACAGGACCCACGAAGCCAGCAGAGACAGAAGCCCAUUCUGUUCAACUCAGCACAAAGGAAGUCAAGGCCAUCAUCUCACCCACCAAAGAAGCUACUACCGCGCCGCUCACGGUCAAGGAUGAGCCCAUGGACGUGUGGCCCUCGGGACCGCUGUCGGCAGCGCUGGAGACGGCCCCCAAGGAGGCCAGGGAGCGGAGGAGGGGGGAACAUGUUCCUGGAAGCCUGGCCGAGAGGGCAGAGUCUCCGGAGGCUGUGGAGGACAUGGACACCAGCCUGGAGAGCAAGUCUGGCCUCUUCCACCUCAGCCCAUCCUCCUCCGACUACAAGCCCCACAAGGCCUCCCUGGACAGGUUGGCGGAGAUGGCUGCCUCUCCCACCCACUCCUCCCCUCUCGCCAGGGGAACCUCCCCCAGAGAGCCCCCCCACCCCCAUGGCCUCCCUGGCCAGGGGGAGCACACAGGCCUGGUGACCUCCACCACUCACAUACCACUCACACCCAAGAUCGGCAUGGGGAAGCCAGCCAUCACUAAGAGGAAGUUCUCUCCUGGGAGGCCCAGGGUUAAACAGGGCGCAUGGAGCCCCCAUAGCAGUGUGAGCUCCCCCUCGUCCUGGUCCCCCGACCAGCCAGAGGGGUGGGACGUCCCAAAGACCAGGCAGCCCUCCAGCUCAAGCCCCGGCUGGAGCAUCCGAGUGGGUCGAGGGUCCGCCUUCCCGGGUAGGAGGAGGCCCAGAGGGGCGGGGCUGUCGGGCAGAGGGGGGCGUGGCCGAGCCAGGGGGAAGAAUGGAGCUUGUCCUUCAGUGAACUCUGGGGUGACGACCAUGGAGACGCCAUACCCCGUGAAGGAAGAGGAGGACAACGCCAUGCACAACACGGUGGUCAUAUUCUCCAGCAACGACAGUUUCACAUUGAAACAAGACAUGUGCGUGGUGUGUGGGAGUUUCGGGCUCGGGGCCGAGGGCCGACUCCUCGCCUGUGCUCAGUGUGGACAGUGCUACCACCCCUUCUGCGUCGGCAUCAAGAUCACCAAGGUGGUGCUGAGUAAAGGCUGGCGCUGCCUGGAGUGCACGGUGUGCGAGGCGUGCGGCGAGGCCAGCGACCCGGGGCGCCUCCUGCUGUGCGACGACUGUGACAUCAGCUACCACACCUACUGCCUGGACCCGCCCCUGCAGAACGUGCCCAAGGACAGCUGGAAGUGCAAGUGGUGUGUGUCCUGCACCCAGUGCGGUGCCACCUCCCCAGGCCUGAGGUGCGACUGGCAGAAUAACUACACCCAGUGUGCCCCCUGUGCCAGCCUGGCCUCCUGCCCCAUCUGCCAGCUGGACUACGGCGAAGGAGAGCUGGUGGUGCAGUGCCGCCAGUGUGACAGGUGGAUUCACGGCUCCUGCCAGGGUCUCCAUUCGGAGGAGGACGUGGAGAAGGCGGCAGACGGCAGUUUCGACUGCACAAUGUGUCGAGCUUUCAAGAUCACCAAGACAGCGGCGGCGACAGCCAAGGCCAAAGACUCUAUUGAGCCUCCAGCUAUGACGCAUAUUGUCACAAAGGCUAAAGAAAUGGACUUGGUGAGGACGUACACCCAGGACGGCGUGUGUCUCACAGAGUCCGGGCUGUGCCAGCUGCAGAGCCUGUCGGCCGCGGCGGCACGGCGCCGGAAGCCCAAGCCCAAGCUGAAGCUGAAGAUCAUCAACCAGAACAGCGUGGCCGUGCUGCAGGGGCCCGGGGAGCUGCCCUCGGAACAGGCCCGCCACGAGGACACGGACGACCACAGAGAAGCAGAGCUCCUGGACUGCGAUGCCAAGUCAGACUCCAGCCCGGAGCGGGAGCCUGCAGAGGAGGACUCCAAGGGGGCCGACAGCAGCAAGAAGAGGAAGAGGAAGCCGUACCGGCCGGGCAUCGGAGGGUUCAUGGUGCGUCAGAGGAGCCGGCCCGGACUGGGCCUAGGCAAGGCCAGGCGAUCACUGUGCAGGAAGGAUUCAUCCGGUUCUGUGUCUGAAAACCCCAUAGGAAAAGAUGACGGAUGGGGAGAGCCGUUACCUGACACGCCCGUGGAUGACAUUCCCCCGGGACCAGAGGUGCCGGAGAAGAUCAAGAAACGCUACAGGAAGAAGAAGACCAAACUGGAGGAGGCCUUUCCCACCUACCUUCAGGAGGCCUUCUUCGGCAAGGACCUGCUAGACAAGAGCAAGCAGAGGCAUCAAGGGGUGGAGUCGGGCCUCUUGGAGGAGGGCCAAGGCCAGGCGGACAGGAAGCACCCGACCGCCAGCUUCCUGGACCCGGCCUCGGACCCCCUGCUCAGCGCGGCCACCACGCCCAUCGGCGCCAGGGCCACAGUACCACAGACGAGCGAGGAGCCUCUAGUGGAUCUGUCUGACGUUCUGAGCACUGACACAGACCUCUUGGGAAUGCUUGGGAAAUCAGCUACCGAUCCUGGUCUUGAUUUUUGCCCCUUCCAAUGCGACAACUCACCUCCUCCUUUUGCUGGGCUGGACAUGGGAUCCCUGGCAGACAGCUCCCCUGCAGCCCCCCAGUCUAACUCAGGACGCAGAACACCCCGCACCCUGCCUGAGGAGCCCCUGGAUGGCAUCCUCAGCCCUGAACUAGACAAGAUGGUCACAGAUGAAUCGAUUCUCAGCAAACUCUACAAAAUUCCAGAGUUAGAGGGUAAGGAUGUGGAGGACUUGUUCACUGCCGUCCUCAGCCCCAGCACCAGCCAAACACCACAGAUGCCUCACCCGCACGGCCCCGGGCCCCUACACACCACACCAAGCACCAGUCUGGCCCAUCCCAACACAGGUAAUACCAUGUUCCCACGGAUGCCCAUCAUGAACGGUAUCAUGGGCCAGAACCAGCGUUUCCCCCUGACGCCGCCCAAUCAAGGAGCCGGACCUUGCAUCCCGGAGAACUUCUCCCCCAUUCACCGCAUGCCUUUCACUGACAAUCCAAGGGACAAGAAGUUUAAUCAGAUGGGCAGAGAGGCUGUGGGUCCCUGGGCCUCCCCUGCCCAUGGCCCCGGCCCACCUCCUCCCGGCCCCGGGGCAGAGGGAGAAACAGAGGCCAUGUCAAAUGCUCAAAGGAGCACUCUCAAAUGGGAGAAGGAGGAGACACUGGGAGAGUUAGCCACCGUGGCCCCGGUCCUCUACACCAAUGUCAACUUCCCCAACCUCAAGGAGGAGUUUCCAGACUGGUCUACAAGAGUCAAGCAAAUUGCUAAAUUGUGGAGGAAAGCAAGUUCACAGGACAGAGCCCCAUAUGUGCAAAAGGCAAGAGACAACCGGGCUGCUCUGCGCAUCAACAAGGUCCAGAUGACCAACGAGACGGUGAAGAGGCAGCAACCGGCGCAGCAGCAGCCCCCCGAGGUGUUUGACCCCAACAUACCGCUAGACACAGACCUGCUCUUUAAGGACCCUUUGAAACCCAAAGAGUCAGAGCAUGAGCAAGAGUGGAAGUUUAGACAGCAAAUGAGACAGAAAAGCAAGCAGCAAGCCAAGAUCGAAGCCACCCAGAAGCUGGAGCAGGUGAAGAACGAACAGCUCCAGCAGCAACAGCAGCAGCAGACGGGCAGCCAGUCGGAGAGCGACGGCCCCAACAGCGGCAAUCAGAGCCCUGUCUCCCAACCCAGUAACGGCGCUAUGUCCCCAAUGCAGCAGCUGAACCCUAAAGAAGGCUUUGCCAGGCCCCAGCUGCCUGGGACGCCCACCUCCGGGCCCCCUGAGGAUGUGUUCCUGCGCCCCCCACCUCCUCCUCCUUCAGGCCAGUCCUCUCAGCCUCAGUCCCCUCAGGUCUUUUCCCCUGGCUCCUCUGGCUCCAGACCCUCCUCCCCAUGGGACCCCUAUGCCAAGAUGGUAGGGACGCCCAGGCCUCCCGCUCUAGGGCCCAGCGUGUGCCGCAGGAUGUCUAUGGAGUCCGGCAAGUCUCCCACCUCCCUGAUGGAGCAACAGGACAGAGGGAGGCCCUCUCCUGCUCACGAGUCUUUCGGUUCACCCACAUCCAUGAGCAGCGACCCCUAUUCAAAGCCCCCAGACACACCUAGGCCUGUAGGGGAGAUGGAUCCGUUUCUCAAGCCCAUGGGCCCCCCCAGGCCCAGCCAGGCUUCUCAAGGAAGGCCCCCAAUGGGUUCCCCAGGCAGGGACCCGUACUCAAGACCGAUGAUUCGAAAUGAGGCUUACCAACGCAUGGCCCAGAACAAGAUGAUACUGUCAGACCCUUAUUCCCGGCCCUUGAUGGCACCCAUUCCGGGUAGCAACGAGUCUGGAUCGGUCUCUUUGUUUAAAACACCCAUGCCUCCUCCCCAAGCCCAGGACCACUUCAACAGACCAAUGCUACAUCCCGCUGACCGAUACUCUCAGAAUCAACAGAUUGACCCCUACGCUCAGCCGCCCCUGACACCUCGACCCUCCAUGAACGACAGCUUCACAAGUCCCCCCAGAAUGGCCCAGCACCACCCCCAGGGAAAUCCAUUUGCUCAAUCUGGGCCAAUGCCACAGAUGUCUACCAGGAACCCUUACUCUCAUGCACCCUCCACCCCAAGGCCGGACCAUUUCCAAUGUGACCCCUACUCCCAACCACCAGGCACGCCUCGGCCAUCCGACCCCUACUCUCAGCCUCCAGGGACCCCUAGACCCAUGAAUGAACCCAGUGGUCUACCUCGUCCAUUCUUUGAGCCCUACGCGCGACCCCCUGGUACACCUCGCCCACACGACAACUACGGGCAGCCGUCAAACACCCCUAGCCCAUCCUCAGACCCGUACUCCCAGAUUCCAUCCACUUCUCGGCCUGGCGGGAUGAACCAGUUCCAUCAUCCAGGUCAGAGAAUGUCCCCGUCCCACUCCAUGGACCCCUAUGCCCAGCCACCUGGUACCCCGCGGCCAUCCAUGGGGGAGAGGUUCUCCAAAUCUCCAGGAAGCCAGAGAGUAGCCAUGGACCCAUACGCAAACGCCCCAGGGACCCCCAGGCCUGGGACUGGAGACAUUUUCUCUCAGCCUGGAGGAACUCCCAGGCCAAUGCUGAAUGACCCAUACGCCCAGCCUCCGGGAACCCCCAGGCCAGGCAUGGGCCCGGAAGGCCUUGGUAGACAAGUGCAGAGGCCUGGACCCAUGAUGAACCAGGACCCUUUCUCCCCACCUCAAGUCCGAAUGCAGGAGCCCUUUCAACAUCAUGGUUCACAAACGCCCAAGCAUCCCGGUGUGCCAGAUGAAGGGUUCUCUCAGGUAUUGUCCAGAAGACCUAAUCAGAUACCAGUCCAUGACCCAUAUGAGCAUGCAGCUAUGAACUCUCGGCCACAGCCAACAGAGAGACUAGAGAUGAAGGAACAGCAAGGCAUGGGGAAUCCUGUCAAUGCAGUGCAGGAUCCCGUACAGCUGGCUAACAACCCUCAACUGUGUGGCAUUCCUACUGAAGCUCAGAGUAUCCCCCUAAUAGACAGCGAGGAGAGGCUGAGACAGCGUCAGCGUAUUCGGGAGCUGAUUCUGAAGCAGCAACAACAGAGGAGUGCCAUCCGCCAGGAGCGAGGCCCGCAGGACCAUUCCAUCAACAUGGCCCCUGGCACACCCAGACCCUGGCCCCAAGAGGGCCACAUCCAGCAGGGGGAGAUGUUCAGUCGGCCACCACCUCCUUAUCCUGGACCAGGCCCAGUGAGAGGCCCCAUGAGGUUCCCUGGACCCUUCCUUGGGGACCAACGGGGCCCUUUCCUCAAUGAUGGGCAGUUUCCCAGGGCUCAACAUCCUGGGGAUCCCAAUAUCAGACACCAGGGCCCAAGGUUUGCAUUUCCACCCGGAGGUCAGGGACCUCAUGGAGGACAGGAGUUCUUCCCCAGAGGGCCGCACCAAAUGCAGGACGUUCACCCCCAGAUGAGACGCUCCAUGUCUGUGGACAUGGCCAAGUCCAUGGGAGGCAACCCGGCUGGGAUGCCUCAGCACUUUCAUCCUCGGGGAAUGCCAGUGCAGCAGCACAACAUUAUGGGCCAGCCCUUCAUUGAGCUCAGGCACAGAGCCGUUGAAAGCAGGCUUCGUCUCCCCUUCAGCCCCUCGGGACCCAUGCAGGCCAACAUGGACCCGAGUGUCCAGCCUCAGAGGCCUCCUGGCUUCAUGGGUGGGCCAGAGUUCCGAUUCCCUCCAAACCAAGUCCCCAGGAUGAUGGAUCCCAUGGGGAACCAGAGUGGCCAGAUAUCUGCCAGCAUGGAAAACCUUCACCAGCAGCCUCAAAUGCAGGGCACCAUCAUGCCUAGACAGUCACCACUGAUGAGAUCAAUGAGCCAGCCUGCUUCUAAUGAGACUCAGAGUAUGGCUGGCUCCAUGAUGCUGCAUGGGCAGGCUGAGACAGUCCCCAUGACUAGCAGUGAAGGAGUAGAGGAGAAGCUGGACACUGUGGAAUCAGCUGUCAAAGACCUUGAAGACGUAGAGGUGAAAGAUUUAGUUGACGCUGACUUGGAGAACCUGAAUCUAGAUCCAGACGAUGGCAAAGAUUUGGACCUUGAGACAAACGACUUGCAUCUUGAUGACUUCCUAACCUCAGGAAAGUUUGACAUCAUUGCAUACACGGCAGAUCCAGAUCUGGAUGACAUCAAGAAGGACAUGUUUAACGAAGAACUGGACCUAAGUGACACUAUGGAGGAUCACAGUGAUGCCUCAGACAUCCAGAAGGCUUUGUCUGAGAAGAAGAACUCCAGCGUUACCACAAAUUCCUUCAGUUCAACAUCUGGAAUGGGGAAAUCAGAGCUUUCUGCCAACCAGUCCUCAGCAAAUAUCAAACCUGAAACUUGCACCAAUCAGAACUUGGCUUCCCUGCCAACCGAGCAGAGGAUCAAGGAGGAAGUUAAAGACGGUCAGAUGCCCACGGACGGGACAGACCAGCCAACAGAUGAAAGCACUAGUGCUCCAGCUCAGCAGCUCUCUGAUUCCACCCCAGUCCUCUCUGGCCUCCUCAUCAAACAGCAAUCUGAGGACCCUUCACUAAACCCCAUGGGAGACUCUGUCAAACAAGCCGACAACCAACCCGACCCAGACGAGACGUCCAUGGAUGCAUUUGGAGGCGACCAGGUGCUGGACCCGAGUGGUCUGACCCUGGCCCAGCAAGCCCUGUUGAGCCAGACUCUGGGUCAGCAGGGCCAGCAGCAUCGGCCCCUGCUGCUGGAGGAACAGCCCCUCCUCUUGCAGGACCUCCUGGACCAGGAGAGGCAGGAGCAGCAGCAGCAGAGGCAGAUGCAGGCUAUGAUCCGCCAGCGCUCCAGUGACUCCUUCUUCCCAAACAUAGAUUUUGAUGCUAUCACAGACCCUAUUAUGAAAGCAAAGAUGGUUGCUCUGAAAGGUAUCAAUAAAGUCAUGGUCCAAAACAACAUGGGAAUGACACCAAUGGUUAUGAACAGGUUUCCUCCUGCUCCUGUCACCCCAUGUCCUGAAAACAGCCCCCUCCCUCCUCCAGUGGUUGGACAGGUGGCAGAGCCAAUAGAUAGCAAGCUGACCUCGCAGGUGGUGAGGCCUAACCCCCCCAACUUUGGACCUGGUUUUGUCAAUACUGCUCAGAAGGCCCAGUAUGAGGAGUGGCUUCAAGAAACCCAGCAGCUGCUGCAGAUGCAGCAGAAGUUUCUAGAAGAGAAAAUCGGAGCUCACAGAAAGUCUAAGAAGGCCCUGUCAGCCAAGCAGAGAACUGCUAAGAAGGCUGGGAGGGAGUUCCCUGAGGAGGACGCAGAGCAGCUCAAACAUGUCACCGAGCAGCAGGGCGUAGUGCAGAAACAACUGGAGCAGAUCCGGAAGCAGCAGAAGGAGCAUGCAGAGCUGAUCGAGGAGUACAGAGUCAAGCAGCAGCAGCACAGCAGCAUGCCACCGUCUGGGAUGCCCGCCAUGGCGGCCGUGCCAGGGAUGCCCCCAAUGCAGGGCCCUGUUGGCAUCAUGCCAGGAGGACCAGUGAUGGGCCAGCCCCCUAUGAAUCCCAUGAUGCAGCAGGUGCCUCUCCAUCCAGGCCAGCCCAACGCGCCACCACGCAUGCCCAACGCCCCCGGCUGGCACCCGGGAGCUCCCAUGCCCAUAGCUGGCCCUGGCAUGCCCGUGCUAAUGCCCCCGCAGGUGCCCAUGAGCAACCCGGCAGCCCAGCCUCCUCAGAUUCCCAUGGGAAGCCUGCCUCCACACCCACAGAUGCCCAUCGAGGCCCACCCUUCACAGCCCCAGCAGAAACCUGUUCAGGGAGCCAGCGGCAGCGGGCUAAAGUUUGAUGACAACAAUCCGUUCAGUGAGGGCUUCCAGGAGCGGGAGAGGAGGGAAAGGUUGCGGGAGCAGCAGGAGAGACAGAGGGUGCAACUCAUGCAGGAGGUGGAGCGCCAGCGGGCGCUGAAACAGCGCAUGGAAAUGGAACAGCAAGGCAUGCUGGGGCCUGACGGCAACAUGACGCCUCUCUCCCAGAUGCCCUUCUUUAAUUCGGAUCUGCCCCAGGAUUUCUUGCAACCCCAAAGACCUCCACAACACCACCAGCAGCAGCAACUUGGCCCCAUGUUCCCCCAGCAGCAAGGCAUGCAGCCAGGCAUGGGUUCCCCCCCCGGGUCCUUCAUGCAAGGUGGAGACCGACGGACCAUGAUGGGCAAUGGGAUGAUGGGCCAGGACAUGGGGCAUGGUUUCGGGCCAGAUAACCUUGGGAUGCAAGGAGGCGGCUUUGCCCAGGGUCAACCCAGGCCAAGAAGGUUCAGUGGGCCCGGAAUGAUGCCCCAGAUGCCAGGGGAAGGGCUUCCCUUUGGACCCGAAUCUGCCACUCCUCUACCCUCCAACUUCCCUGGCUCGGGCCAGUCUCUCAUCCAGCUUUACUCAAACAUCAUCCCGGAUGAGAAGGGAAAGAAAAAAAGAAACCGAAAGAAGAAGAAGGACGAGGAUGCAGAUUCGGUGAAAACUCCCUCCACUCCUCACUCUGACCUCACCGCCCCUCUGACGCCCUGUGUGUCCGACACCUCCUCCACGCCAACCAGGAACGCCCACAUGUACGGGGACCAGGAUCUGUCCAGGUCCCCAUUACUGGGCUCCUCCACCCCAAUCCACUCCGAGCUUGAGAGGCAGCUGUCCGGGGGUCUUUCCUCCGACAUGGCCAGGGCCCAGGCUCUGGAGCAGGAUCGGAUCCUCAGCAACAUCAAGCUGGAGCAGACCGAGGCUAGCGAGUGCCACGGCCCCCGGGACAGCCAGAUGGGCACUGGGAUGGGUGCGGUGAAGGAGGAGGCCUGGAAGGGGGCCUUGUCCCCUUUCCCUGCUGGUCAGAGCCCCUCCCACAAUGCCAAGGGCGAGUCUGGGAACGAGCUGCUGAAACAUCUCCUGAAGAACAAGAGCACGCCGCCCCGGGGGCUGGCCCACCAGAGGUCUGACGAGAGCCUGCGCUCGGAGGAAGAGGAGGCUGCCGACUGCAAGGCCCUGCUCCGCCAGAGUUCCAUGGACAGCAACGGGGCCUACUCAGACGGUCAGCUGUCUGGCCCUCCAGAGUUUCCUGGUCCCUUGUUACCUGAACAAGACAAGAAGAAAGGCCGCAACAAGAGGGCCCCCAAGGGUGGAGAGAAGCCCAUCUCUCGCUACAAGAAGAGGAGGAAAGAUGGGGAGGAGAAGACACUGGUGCAAUCCAGCGAGGACACACUAAUGACCCAGCUCAAACAGCAACUGUCCCUCCUGCCCUUGAUGGAGCCCCUGAUCGGGGUCAACUUUGCCCACUUUGCUCCCUACGGCAGCGGGCAGCUGAACGGAGAGAACCUCCUGUCUGGGACUUUCGGCAGCGCCUCUCUGGAUGGAGUCUCAGACUACUACUCCCAGUUGGCCUACAAGCAGAACAACCUGAGCAACCCUCCUACUCCCCCAGCGUCCCUCCCCCCGACACCGCCGCCUGUCAACCGGCAGAAAAUGAUCAACGGCUUCGCCACCACAGAGGAGCUGGCUAGUAAAGCCGCCGCCAUGGUGUCCAAAGGCCUGGUUCCCAAGCCCUUCCACGUCCCCUUCAGGACUGAGGAGGAGCUGCUGGCCCGGGCCAUAGCCCAGGGCCCCAAGACUGUGGACGUCCCUGCUUCUCUCCCCACACCACCCCACAACAACCAGGAGGAGCUCAGCCGAGGACAAGAGCACUGCAAGGACAGGGACACACCUGACAGCUUUGUCCCCUCAUCCUCCCCCGAAAGUGUGGUGGGCAUGGAGAUCAGUCGAUACCCGGAUCUGUCCUUGGUGAAGGAGGAGCCCCGGUCCCCCUCUCUCUCCCCCGUCCUCCCCAUGCUCCCUGCGCUCACCGGGAUGACCGGCGACAGGACAGGCUCGCUGACCAGGCUUCAGGACAUCAAGACGGAGCCCUGUAACAUGUUCUUCAGUUCUCACUCGGGACCCAUGUGUGACUCCAAGCCUGGGCUGGUGUCUGUGGCCAUCACGCUGAGGCCGGCGGCAGCAGAGAACAUCACAGGCGUGGUGGCAGCCAUAUCAGACCUGCUGUGUGUGAAGAUCCCCAGCAGCUAUGAGGUCAGCAGCACCCCCGAGCGCGGGCCCCUGGCCAUGCUGAGCGGGCUCCGCGUGGGCCCCCACGGCCUGGAGCACCGGCCCCCCACCGCGCUCUUCCAUGGCCGCGUGGACAUGGGGCCAGGCCAGCGCUUCAGGGCUGGGGGCCCCCAGGGGAUGAUGCAGCAUCAGGGGCAGCACAUGCCCUUCCAGCCCCACGCCUCAGGGCCCGUCCCAGCCAGGGAAGCCCAUCACAGGCCGCCCGGCAGCCCUGGUCCCAAGCCUCAGUGGUGCUGUAACUGCAAAGUGGUGGUCCUGGGAAAUGGAGUUCGCAAGUCCAUCAAAGACCUUCUCAUACACAAACAGGAGCUAGAUGGCCAGCCUCGACCAGAUGAAAACCUGGUCUUCUGCAGCCACAGCUGUUUCCUGCUCUACUCUGCCUCCUCCUCCUCAACAACAUCCUCCACACAGGCCCGGCCAGCCGCACACGCCAAGGAUUCGAUGUCUCUCCUUCCAGAGUGUGAGCAGGAGAGCCUGUCCAAAGCCCAGCACCAGUACAGCAACAACAUGUCCUCUCUAGACGUCCACUGCCUGGCCCAGCUCCAGCCCAAACACUCGCCGCCCUCCACCCCUCCCAUCCCCUUUCCCUCCGCCAGCGAUGCCCCCAAGGCCGAGUCCAAGUCGGACGCCAUCAAGGUGACGGUGAAGCUGAAGGCGCGGCCCCGCCCCCACCACCACCACGCUCAGGACACCUGGCACCAGGGGAAGAGACCGAAGGGCUUGCGCUGGAGGAAGUGGAGCAUCCAGGUGGUGGUCCCCCGGGGGAACUCCCAGCUCCCGGACGAGGACAAGAUCGACGAGCUCCUGCGGAAGCUGGGCGCCUCCCUGCGUCCCUCGGCCCUGCUCCGGGACCAGCGGCGCUGCUGCUUCUGCCACCAGCUGGGCGACGGCGUCACCGACGGCCCCGCCCGGCUGCUCAACCUGGACCUGGACGUGUGGGUGCACCUCAACUGCGCUCUGUGGUCCACCGAGGUGUACGAGACCCAGGCCGGCGCCCUCAUCAACGUGGAGCUGGCCCUGCACCGCGGCCAGGCCGUCCGCUGCGCCUUCUGCCAGCAGGUGGGCGCCACCAGCGGCUGCCACCGCCUGCGCUGCACCAACGUGUACCACUUCACCUGCGCCCUGCAGGCCCACUGCACCUUCUUCAAGGACAAGACCAUGCUGUGCCACGCCCACCGGCCCCGCGGCACCACUGGACAGGCUCUGGAGCACGAGCUGCGCUGCUUUGCCGUCUUCCGCCGCGUCUACGUGCAGCGGGACGAGGCCAGACAGAUGGCCAGCGCGGUGCAGAGGCCCGAGCUGGGCUACACCUUCCGUGUGGGCAGCCUGGUGCUGCACGCCAUGGGCCAACUCACUCCUCAGCAGAUGGAGGCCUUCCACUCGGCCACCGCCAUCUACCCGGCCGGCUACGAGGCCUGCCGCAUCUAUUGGAGCAUGCGCCACGGCAACCGGCGCUGUCGCUACGUGUGCGCGGUGGAGGAGAGGAAGGAGCGGCCAGAGUUCACUAUCCGAGUCAUUGAGCAGGGCUACAAGGACCUGGUGUUGGCUGACUUCACUGCUAAGGGGGUGUGGGAUAAGGUCCUGGGCCCAGUGUCUGAGAGGAGGAAUGAAUCAGGAACUCUGAAACUUUUCCCUGUUUACCUGAAAGGAGAGGACCUGUUUGGACUCACCAUCUCUGCUGUCACAAAGAUUGCAGAAUCGCUACCCGGGGUGGAGUCCUGUGAGAGGUAUAACUUCCGCUACGGACGCAACCCUCUGAUGGAGCUACCCCUGUUUUUCAACCCCGCCGGCACAGCCCGCGCCCAGCCCCGAACCAGCUCCACCUCCACCUCUCUGGUCAUAAGGCCCCAGACCGUUUCCCCCCCCACCAGCUCCAGGUCCAACCAGAAUGCAGCCCAGGGAGAGGGUGGUGCCCCCCACACCAAACCCCCCACGGUGCACCCCAGGUCCUCUCAGUACCGCUGGAUGAAAAGCGAGUGGAGGGCCAACGUUUACCUGGCCCGCUCUCGCAUCCAGGGUCUGGGACUGUUUGCCGCCAAGGACAUCGAGAAGCAAACCAUGGUGAUCGAGUACAACGGAACCGUCCUCCGCAACGAGGUGGCCAUCAGGAAGGAGAAGACGUACACAGCUCAGAAUCGAGGAGUGUUCAUGUUCCGCAUCGAUAGUGAACAUGUGGUGGACGCCACUCGUACGGGCGGCUUGGCUAGGUACAUCAACCACUCUUGCACCCCUAACUGUGUCGCUGAGAGGGUCACCUUCGAGAGAGGCUAUAAAAUCAUCAUUGGCACCAAUCGCAGAGUAGAGAAGGGAGAGGAGCUGUGUUUUGACUACAAGUUCGACUCUGUGGACGACCAGGACAAAAUUCCCUGCCACUGUGGAGCACCCAACUGCAGGAAGUGGAUCAACUGACAAACAACGACAUAAGAGGACACUUCAACACAAAUGCAUUCCAUGCCAAUAAUCUGCCCUGGGAAAGAGGAGGGGUUUUCACACUAACAUCAGGCUCAGGCCUUCUGUUCUACCUGAGUCCCGCCUUAGGAGUUAGAAGCCGGUAGGGUUGAGAAAGCUAGAAGGACAUAAGAGGAUGUGACUUGUGCCAUAUGUUGCAAGCUCUGCUUCAUUCAGACAACCUUGUGUCUGUCAGCAUGUGUUAGAUGUACAUAAGGCGCAGAAUCCACCAGCGAAUGAGGAGAGAGCACUGUGCGGGGCGCGGCCUUAUUGGUUACUAAGGGCAGGCCCUUUUGUUACAUACUAUCAAUGAGUACCAUAUGACUAAAUGUAGACAUCACUGAAUGGGGAAUGUACAGCAAUGACUACCACGAAGGGAAAAUUAACUUGCACUAAAAAAGAGACAAAUACACACACACACACACACAACUUUAAAAUACUUGAUUCCAUGAGUCAGUUUUAUCAUAGGUUUCUUGUCAUGUGAUUUGAGUGGAAUUGGAGAGGACGUUUUGUAUUUAUUGAGUGAAUGAAUUUUAUUCUCAAAAUUAUGAGACAGUUGAAAGAAGACUGAACUGCUAUUGCUUUUUGAAGAUUAAAGACAUGCUGUUACUUUUUGUAUAAAUGUAAAUUAAGAAAAAUAUAGGAAUAACCGACCAAAUACUACCUUAACCUUGUUGAUGUUUGGGAUGUUUUUGAACUGCUUUUGUUUCAUUUGUCAUUGAAAUUUAUUUAAGAUGGACAUUAUGAUUUCAGUUUGAGAGUAUAUAUUAUGAUUAUUCUGUACAGAAUUUGUAAAAUAACUACAAUAAUUCACAAAAGUAUUUUUGUUGUAUUAAAAGUAUGGUAUUGUAGUGUAGUGUUUUGUGAUUUACACGUACUUUGACCACUCAAGAGGAAAUAUUUUUGUUGACUAAUGUGGUAACAAGUUAUUGCUUAAAGAAUCUAACUCUUCUGGUGUAAGAGGACAUUCUAAUGUAUUCGCUGUUAAUCAGGUUUGAUUUUCUAGAACUGUGAAUUAGGUUUUAAGCCACCCAAACACAACUUUUACUUUUUUAACCAGAAUAGGCUAGGAAACCACCUUGUUGUCCUCUAUUGUUUUUUUGUUUUGUUUUUACACUGAAAUGAUGUACAGUUGUCCCAUGACAUUGUUGACCAUUUCAGAUGUGUGAAAUUAAGGUAUGGAGACACACACACACACAAAAUCAUGAUUUGUGGGAAAACUUGUUUGAGACAGUAGGUGGUGCUACAUUUUCAAUGGAGAUGGCAUUCUACUUAAUCAGAAAUCUAUCUUACACAGACACUUCACAAGUGGCAAAUGGAAGAGGUUUUGCGUGCACAAUUUCAAGUUGACUGUAUAAUUUUGGAGACAGUCUUAGAACUUGUAAUGUAUAUGGCAUGUAUUUUUUUAACUUUCCGAAAACUCAAUUGUAUAUAUUUUCUCAAUGAAUGGUUGUAACAAAAUUGUUUCUUGGAUAUUUUUCUUCUUGUAUUAUAUGACAUCAUCCUGCCAGUGUGUUUGUGCUACAUUUUUCUUGGUCCUGUAAAGUAGUCAAAAAUGUUUUUGGAAAAAUGCCUUUUGAAGUGUACAGAGUAAUAUGAGGUUUGGAGUUUGUGGAAUUGAAUUUAGAAACAUUUACAAAAAUAAACUAUUUUACA